AUGAAGUGCUCUUGGGAAGGGGAGCAACCGUUAGAUGUUGCAUCUGUAAGUUCGGUGGAGGUACCUGGCCAGGACGAUAACCACAGUGCCAGGGAUAUCCAGGCCCUUCUUUCAAAGAGUUCUUCUAUUGACCCACCUGCCCCUAAGAAGCCCAAGGUGAAGUGGCCGGCCGCAAAGGAUGAGAGGUGGGUAGAGUUUGAUGUGAGUGUUAGUAAGAGAGUGAGACAGGAGCAGAAGGGGAAGCCAUUCCAGGAGAAGAUGGUGAGCCAUUGCGACACGGUGUAUGAUGAUGGUGUGAAAUGGUUUGGGCUCGUGAUUGAUGGUGCAGAGUCAGGUAAAGGUCUCAGGUUUGCCAACAGGAGACAGGAGGAGAUUGAUAAGUUGGUCAUUGAGAGGAGAGUGCUGAGGAGGAAAGCCAGGAAAGCUUGUUCCCAGUCUGUAAAGGAUGGUUUCAAUGCUUUGCUUAGAGGCCUGGCAGAGAAGCUGUGUAAGUUGAGAAGAGCAGAGGCAAGGAGGAAGAAGCAGAGAGAAGUGAGGAGACAGAGAGGUGGGUUUACUCGAGAUCCUUUCAAGGCUAUUAAAGGUAUUCUUGAACCAAGCCCUGUGGGAGAGUUAAAGUGUAGUAAGGAGGAGUUAGACAACCACCUGUCUAAUACGUAUAGUGAUGCCAGUCGGGCAGUUCCUCUUGGCGUUCUGAAUGGGUUACCUGAGGCAGCUCCUAGCCCAACUGUGGGGUUUGACAGCAGGAAUAUAACCAAGAAGGAGUUCGAAGAGGUUGUUAAGAAAGCCAGAGGUAAGAGUUCACCUGGUAACAACGGCAUCCCGUAUACGGUGUACAAGAGGUGCCCAGGUAUAUCUCAGAACUUGUGGCAUGUGCUGAGAGGAGGCUACAAGGCUGAGGAGUACCCAGACAACUGUAGGUACUUUGAAGGGAUCUACAUUCCUAAGGCGGAUGGAGAUUUUGGACCCAGCACAGGACGGCCUAUAUCGCUAGGAAACAUUCAGGGGAAGAUAUACCUCGCUGUGUUGGCGAAAAGAUUAACCAACUUUGUUGUCGCUAACGGGUAUGUGGAUCUCUCUGUGCAGAAGGGUGGAGUUCCUGGUGUACACGGAUGUACAGAGCACUUUGGAGCUAUGUGGGAGGUGCUCAAAGAUGCUAGAGUUAAGAGAAAGGAUCUGAGUGUUGUCUGGUUAGACUUGGCGAAUGCUUACGGGGCUGUUCCACAUUUACUUAUUGUGAAAGCACUCCGCUAA